UCAGCUAGUUCGGUUAUUCAUCGAUCACCUCAGAAUAAAGAGACAUACUAAUGUUAAACUAUAAAGUAAUAAUUAUACUGAUAGAAUGCUGAAAUUUAUUCCCACUGUAAUGAUUUUAUUCUCACUGAGUUUGCUGGUAUUUACAACCAGCGUCUCGCCUGAUCUGUCAAUGAGCUUUGUGGGCUGGCGUCGGGGCUCGCCAGGGGACAACGUAGAGCAACGAAUCAGUUGGAUGUCAUGCAGGGGUGUGUUGUGGUCUGGUUCUCGGAAAGCGGAUUAUCUGCAGCUGAUAAGGACGCAUGAUAUAAAAGGCUGCGUCAAGAUGAGGCCGACGUACUUUACUGCCAACUUCAAAAAGCAGCCACGCAGCACAUCAGGGGAUUUAACUAAUCAUGCUGCUGCUCGUCGUUGCGGUUUUCAAUGUGCUUUUUGCUGCUGGAGUUACUUGCUUGCCGCUAACGGACCGAGGCCCCCACGUCGACCACGGCUGGGACCAAGUGGUCCGGCUCAGGCACCUGUACGCAGCCAGGUCCGGCGUGCAUCUAGUGAUCAGUGUGGAUGGACAGAUACGUGGCUCUGCUGACCAGACUCUAUACAGUCUUCUGGAGAUCCGUCCAGUGGCGCCAGGCUGUGUUGCCAUCAGGGGAGUAGCGACCGCACGGUUUCUCUGCAUAGAAAGCGAUGGCAGACUCUUUUCAUCGGACACCUACAGCCGAGAUGAUUGCACCUUCAGAGAGCAGAUCUUACCGGACGGGUACAACAGCUACAUCUCUGACAGACAUGGAGCCCUGAUCAGUCUGGGAAACCACCGGCAGAGGCUCCAGGGCUUAGACAGAGGUGUUCCGGCUCUGGCCCAGUUCCUUCCCAGGAUCAGCACCCUGGAUCAGACGUUGUUCUCUGACACUGACGUACUUGACCAGCAGAGUGUGCCACAGACAGAAAAGCCUGUAGUCUCAAUGGACACGUUUGGAAAGCUUUCUCAGAUCAUUCACAGCCCCAGCUUCCACAAGAGAUGAGAAAGCUGCCCUAAGGAACCUCUCAAUGGAUAAAUAUUGAGGUGUCCAUGCACUCCUUCUUGAAUGUUGUGAAAUCAGGGAAUAACUGCAGGUCUAGCCAGCUUUACCCAGGAAGAUUGCUGCCAGCACUGCCCAGUGACGGCCGACAGAGCAGAAUACAAGUGUGGCGUACUACAUAGUGGAGAGUGAAUCUGUACAGAGUGUAAUGCUUUGUCGCUUUUUCACCAACAUCAUUUACUGAACAGACUGAAAAGCCCAUGCACAUUGGCAGGAAUGUGUUUGUUUAGAACACGGAUGAUGAGCACCGACUAAAGAGGAAGAAAGAGCUACGCCUUCAGACGGGGAAAGGAAAGAAUACCAUAUUAUUCAUUGCACUGUCUGAUUCGAGGAAGUCUAGUUCAACAUGAUGGACCUGCAAAUAUGCAGUGGCACUAAAGGAACAAUCAGAUAUUCUGUCUGUAAGGCCUGUCGGACACUUUCUGGAUAGAACGGACAAUACGCAUUUAGCCAAAAAGUAUUCACUACUAAAAUAACAAAAAGUGAAUUAGUGUAUCCUUCUUGCAGGAGAUAAAUAAGACGGAAAGGCAAACAGUGGGAUACUACGUUAAAAACAUACUUUUUUACUUUUAUUUUUUACACCUGGCAAAUGUAUUGUUAUCAUGUAGUAUAUUUAAGUUGUUCUACUUCUUUGGUUAUUUAAAUGUCCACGGCUUGUAUGAUUUAUUCAGUGCAUCUGUACUUAAACUGGAUAUGUCUUUAAAUGUAAUAGCAAACAUGAAGAGAAUGUGUUGCCUUGUUUCAUGUUAAAAUUGAAAUGUGUUUGAAUAAAGUUGAUGAUGACGCACUAAA